UGGAUCUCUGGGUGAUUUUGAGAGAGAAAUAAUAAUUAAAAAGAAAAUUCUUGAAAAAAGAUGACAGGAGCCAAACAGUUGUCACUUGAGAUUGAAACCAUACGAGCUUUGAUCACGCUUGCCCAGAGAAUCAAUCAUUAAUAUUUCUUUUCCCUGUUCUCUUUCCUUCCGUCCAAUUUCUGUGAGGCAAAAUGAUAGAAUAUCCUCUUUUCCUUUGGUCAAACCCCUUCCCUCCCUAUAUAAAGGGAGGUACUUAGUAGUUCCUCUUCAUUCCAAAAACAGUGCUCUUUUCUUCCUCUCCAAUCUCUCUCACACACAGUUGCAUCCUAUUCUCAAGACACACCAAAGAGGAUCACAUCAACUUGUAAACUCGCAUCAUUAUCUGAAUAGCUUAUCACGAAUGGCAAAAGAGAUUGAGGCUGCUCCCUCCGUCCAGCUGUCAAGCAUCGCAGUUUCCGAGACACACGGCGAGAACUCGCCGUACUUCGCCGGGUGGAAAGCGUACGAUGAAAACCCUUACAACGAGGCGAGCAAUCCUUCUGGGGUCAUCCAAAUGGGAUUAGCUGAGAACCAAGUCUCAUUUGACUUGCUUGAAGAGUACUUGGAGACGCAUCCAGAGGCAUCUUUUGGGGGCAGAGGAGCUACUGGGUUCAGAGAGAAUGCCUUGUUUCAGGAUUACCAUGGCCUUCCCACUUUCCGAGAGGCGAUGGCAAGUUUCAUGGAGGAAAUCCGAGGCGGGAGGGCAAAAUUCGACCCUAGACGAGUAGUCUUAACCGCCGGAGCGACUGCUGCUAAUGAGCUAUUGACCUUCGUUUUGGCCGACCGCGGCAGUGCUUGGCUGGUCCCCACUCCUUAUUAUCCUGGAUUUGACAGAGACUUAAGGUGGAGAACCGGUGUGAAUAUCGUGCCCAUAAACUGUGAUAGUUCGAACAAUUUCCAGAUCACAACUCCAGCUCUCGAAGCAGCCUACGAGCUUGCAGAAUCAAUGAACAUCAGAGUGAGUGGAGUCUUGAUCACCAACCCUUCAAACCCGUUGGGCGUGACCAUCAGCCGGUCAGUCCUGGAGGACAUCCUCGACUUCAUAACGAGGAAGAACAUCCACCUUGUCUCCGAUGAAAUCUACUCGGGAUCUGUCUUCUCGUCCUCUGAGUUCGUGAGCGUCGCUGAGGUCCUCGAGGCACGUGAGUACAAGGGCUCCGAGCGGGUCCACAUUGUUUACAGUCUUUCCAAGGACCUUGGCCUCCCGGGUUUUCGAGUUGGCACAAUUUACUCAUACAAUGACGAGGUUGUGACCACAGCGAGACGGAUGUCCAGCUUCACACUGAUCUCUUCUCAAACGCAACACCUUCUUGCCUGCAUGCUGUCUGACAAGAAGUUCACAAAGAACUACAUUGAGGUCAACCGCACCAGGCUGAGGAAGCGGUAUGAGAGGAUCAUCGAGGGCCUGAGGAGUGCCGGGAUCGAGUGCCUAAAGGGCAACGCCGGGCUGUUUUGCUGGAUGAACUUGAGCCCUCUUCUCGAGAAACCCACAAAAGAAGGUGAAUUGGAUCUCUGGAGGACCAUGGUUCAUGAACUGAAGCUUAACAUAUCUCCAGGUUCAUCAUGCCACUGCUCAGAGCCAGGUUGGUUUAGGGUGUGCUUUGCCAACAUGAGUGAGCACACACUAGAAGUUGCACUUGAGAGGAUACACAAGUACAUGGAACAAAGAAGAACUUGACACACAUAUACGUAGAAAAUAUUUCUUUUUGUCCUCGUCAAAAUUAGUGAUCAUUCUUUAAUACAAGUGAAGAAAAAUAAAGGGUAAGACGUAUAAAUACCGCACCGUGUCCAAUUUUUUGUCGGGGGAGCCAAACCCGUGUCAUUUGUAACUCCAAUUGUUGUUGUUCUUCACACACCAUGUAUGCAUCAA